CAGACAAUGCAGUUUAACUAAACAGGGAUUAUUUCUGGAAUCAACAACUUUCAGCUUGAGGGUAACCUUACCAGGGUUUGUUUUAGUUCCUGAACAAUUGAUCGUCAUUGGUCACCCAAGUACACUAGAGUUACCUCCCUUGCCAGAUAGUUUCGCCAGUCUGCUGGGACUAAACUCACCUGACCCUGGUUCCCGCGUUCACUCGUUAGUCCGAUGUGCUCGGACAUAAGCUGUUGUAUUCGCGCGGUUUGUUUCACGUUCUCGGAAAACCAUGAACAUAUUUUCGAUUUCUAAAAUGUUUCUUGUCUUCUCGAAAUCAGCUUCUUCUGUGACGUCAUUUUAAGACCCGAAGUCCCGACCUAAAUUGGUAUAUUGGGGUAGAAUAAAUACCCAGUACCCAGUGCUGUUCACAAGAGACGACUAGUGGUUUUUGGUCGAAUCAGCUGGAUCUGCCAUGGCAGGUAGAGAAGUGGUUUACCACAUAUUGACAGCUUCGUGAUUUUACUUGCCUUGUUGGUAUUGUCAGUGGUGUGGGAAAUAUUAUCUGGAUACAUUCAAAUGACCAAGGAGGAAAUAUGAACAAUCAAACAAGACUGCUGCAUGGGCCUGACUGACUAUCAAUGGCGUUGGACUCAUGAAAUGCCUAUCUCUUAUUGAAUUGUGUAUGCUUAAAUAUUAAACAAGUAUUAUUUUGCGAGAUUUAUGUCACGGACGGCAGGUGUAAGUUUGAAAUGGCCCCUUGUUUCCAUAGCUUCCGUGGUGAGAAUUCUGUGAUUCUGUCUGUCUGUUGUGUAAUGGCAAUGUAUUACAUCAUAAUGGAUAUGAGUUUAUAUUACACGCUCCACAAUACCAGUUUAGUUAAAGAAGCAGCCAUUGACGAUCCCAGUCGAUUCUCACCCUUCCACCCACUGACAAUAAGGCUGCUAGUCUUGGACCAGACAAACCAUUACAUCGUCAGGCCAUCUACGGAAGUGUUCAACUACAUGACCAACUUCAGCAACGUCUUUUCCUUCAUCUCCCCCAACAUCAUCAGCGUCACUCACGCCUUCAUCAGCAUCGUCGUGGGAAAGAUGGUGUCGUCAGACAACUUACGUCAUCGACAAAUGGGAGCGUUUUUCUUCGAGCUCCGAACAUGGUUGGUUAGUUUUGCUGGUGUCGUGUUUCGUAGCCAGGCUGGUCGUCCUAUAUUCAGCUCCCUUCACGGUAUAUAUGGAACAACUCUCAACAGCGUAUGCGACAUGCUUGGAGGGGUCGCCCUAUGCGUAGGCGUUUGCGUGUAUGCUGUAAGACAUUACGGAAGACGAAGAACAAAUGAGGUGUCUGUUGGAAAAGGUUUAAAUGUACAGGUCCCAUCAAAUCGGGUGAUUGUUUUUAACGUUUUCUUAUACGCACUGUUGGUUGUACUAUCAUACGGAUUCCUGGCCUAUUUUGUCAUGCAUCUCGAGCGGUUCCUGGAGAAGCCAUUCCCAGAUCCUCAGCUAACGACAGUACAAACGACUCUUCUCCAUGCUUCGUCUACCUGGCUCUUCCUCUGGAUGUGGCGGUUCUUCACCCAACAGAUGUUCCAGUACCUUGUCAUCGCCAUUGCAAUGGACAAAACCUGGGACUAUGUGAGCAUGUCGCUGUAUUUCUUCUACCCGACUGUGAUAAUCCUCAUGUCCCUGUGCUAUAUCUACAUCGUCCAUAUGAAUUCUAUUAUCCUGAGCGGCGAGUUCACCUCGUGACGUUUGUAGACUUCACCUGGACAGUAUCAACACGAUCUGCAAAUUCUUCCAAGUCAUUCACCAUCUCUACUAGAAUGUACUUGCGUUUUCAGGAGACAUCCACGCAAUAUUGCAAAGAGUUAAAAAUAUUACUAAUGUUUGAUGUGGAUUUUAUAUACUCAGCAGCAAAAAGAACGUCAGUACGAAUUCAAAAUCAGAUAGGCACUGUAAUCAAAUCAUUACAGAAAUGGAAACAAUA